CCGGCUAGGGGAACCCGGACUUGGGGAACUGGGACUUGGGGUCCGAGGCGCGGAGGCGGGGGCCGGGCAGCCUCAGCUGGGAUACCGGCCCCGGCCCAGCGGGUCGCGGGGCGGCGGGAGGGGGCGCUGCGGGCCUGUCGGGCGCCGCGGAAGGAACUGCGACCUUGGCCACGGCCUCCGCCAGAUCCGCGCGCGGGGGCCGCGAUGUCGUCCCGGCCUGGGGCCGACGACGCUGGGGCGCGGGGCUCGCGGCGGCCGCGGGAGCCGGCGGAGCAGGAGCUGCAGCGGCGCCGGGAGCAAAAGCGGCGGCGGCACGACGCGCAGCAGCUGCAGCAGCUCAAGCACCUGGAGUCCUUCUAUGAAAAACCUCCUCCUGGGCUCAUCAAGGAAGACGAGACUAAGCCAGAAGACUGUAUUCCUGAUGUACCAGGCAACGAGCAUGCCAGGGAAUUUCUGGCUCACGCGCCAACUAAAGGACUUUGGAUGCCACUGGGAAAAGAGGUCAAAGUUAUGCAGUGUUGGCGUUGUAAACGGUACGGUCACCGAACAGGCGACAAAGAAUGCCCUUUCUUUAUCAAAGGCAACCAGAAGCUAGAACAGUUCAGAGUAGCACAUGAAGAUCCCAUGUAUGACAUCAUUCGAGAGAAUAAAAGACAUGAGAAGGAUGUGAGGAUACAGCAACUAAAACAGUUACUGGAGGAUUCCACCUCAGAUGAGGAUGAGAGCAGUUCCAGUUCCUCAGACUGUAAAGAGAAGCAUAAGAAAAAGAAGAAGAAAGAAAAGCAUAAGAAAAGGAAGAAGGAAAAGAAAAAGAAGAAAAAACAGAAGCAUAAGUCUUCCAAGUCGAGUGAGAGUUCAGACUCAGACUGACGAGGACUGGACUUGUUCAGCAUUCUCUUUACAAAAAUCAAACACUGUGGCCAAAGAACAGAGAGAAGUGACCCAAGAGUAACAGGACACAGAGAAGUAGUACAGGAGGACAUCUGGCAUCAAGGCCAAGGAUUCUCCCCACCUUGCAAUGAUGAGCUGGCCCACAGGAAUGAUCUCUGUCCACACAGGUGCUAUGUCUGGAUGCCGCAGAGUUUGGGCAGCAAAGUUUAUUCAUUGUCUCCCUCCCUGUCAGUUGCUUGAGUCGCAGUUCCCUUGAAAGGCCUCCUGCAGCAUGGCAGUAUAGUGGGAACCUCUGAAAAGAUGCUCUAAGCAUUUCCCAGUUUUUGUUUCCCAUAGUAAAAGCAACUCAAAUACCAUGGACUAAAGUCCAUUACUUAACCCUUCUAUGUGGUUGAGGAUAAUAAAAAGUCAUGAUUAAUUUUUUAAAGUUAUUUAUGAAAAAAAACAGGCAUGUGGGCUGGGGGGUAGCUCUGUGAUAGAGUUCUUGUCUGGUUUGCACAAGGCUGGUUUGGAUCAGCAGUGCCAGAAAAAAAAAAAAAAAAAAAUUAUGUGGUCCAAACUCAUGACAAUUCUUCUUACUUCAUUUCUGUCCCAAUUCCUUCC